UUUCCGCUUGUAUAUAAUGAUAGUCAGGCUCUCAAAUUGAGUACGUCAAUUUUACCAAGUUAUUUUUUGGUAUCAGAGCCUUAAACCUACGCCUCUCCCAUCUCUCUCUUUCACCGCCUCUUUCAAUAUCUCUCUCUAUCUCGUUACAGCCCUUUCCCUAUUUUCUUUUUUUUUUAACAGACCUUCUCUCUUUUUCAGGGCGCUGUUGCGACAGUCCUAGGGGGAGUCAAUCUCCUCUAGGUUCGACCCCUGUAGGGGUAUUCCCUUAGUCUUUUUCAUGCACUAAGGGUCAGAAGACGUGUUUGUAAUUUUUUGGGGCUGCCGGGAUAUUCGGCAGCAUUUUCGGAUCAGACCGCUGUGUCUCCGGCUUCUUGAUUUGAUCAAAAUCAGGUUUAUUCCUCCUUUAUUUGAAAUUAUUGGUAAUCUGUUGAAUUGAUCUAUUUAAUAUUAUGGCUGAAUCAAGUAAUAAUAAAGAAACUUUCUUUUCGGCGCAACACACACCGGCUCAACAAGUUACUAGUGUGCUGUUGAAUGGCCGUAAUUUUGCAUCCUGGGCUCGUUCCCUCCGCCUCUAUGUUGGUGAAAAAGGCAAAUCAGGGUGGAUUUUGGGUACUGAAAAGAGGCUAGAUAUUAAAGAUCCUAAAUAUGCUCAGUGGGAUAUAGACACCAUUUUAGGAUGGAUGUUUAAUUCUAUGGAGGAACGCAUUUAUAAUAUAUUCAUGUUUUAUGACUCUGUUAAUGACUUGUGGACUGCUUUGAAUUAAAUGUAUGCUCAUUCUAGGAAUGAUGCUCGUAUUUUUGAAUUAUAUCAAGAUAUUGCUAAGGCCUCGCAGGAAGGCUUGAAUUUGUCUGUAACUGAUUAUUUUGGGUAUUUGAGAUCUCGUUGGGAGGAACUAGCUUAAUAUGAGCCUCUCAGUGAAUUUCCUUCUGAGGCAGCCUCUCUUCUUGUCAAAUGUCUUGAUCGUCAGCAUACCUAUCAGUUUUUGAUGGGAUUACGCCCAGAAUUUGAACCACUAAAGUCUCAGAUCUUGAAUGCAUCACCAAUGCCAUCCUUGUUGGAAGCCUUUGCUACUGUUGAUGGUGAAGUACGCAGGCACCGUUUAAUUCAGCCCUCAAUUGUUCUUGUACCAGUGUCUGAGCCUAUUGGGGAUAGUAUGGCUUUUGCAGCCAACUUUGGAUCACGAGCUUCUGGAGGUCAGAUUAUUUGUCACCAUUGUGGAGGGGUUCGACAUGUUAAGGCUCAUUGCUUCAAACUUCAUCCUGAACUGAAGCAAAAAUUUUCUAGGAACCGUUUAUCUGGAACUGGUUCUUCUCGUACUGCGGCUGUUGCAGAAACUCCUGUUAAUACUGGUGGAUCUACUGUAUUUCUUGGACUGAGCCAGCUUCAGUCUCAGAUUGGGCAUAUUCAGGACCAGCUUGGCUCCCUUGCUUCUAGAGUUAGUGCUCCUUCAACUGCUCCCACUGCAACUUUUGCUACAGGUACUCCUACUGCAUUUCAUGUUAAGGCCAAGCAGCCCACUUGGGUUUUGGAUUCUGGGGCCAAUGAUCAUAUGACUGGACCUUUGUUCGAAGAGGAUUUUUGGCAGGGGUUAUGAGCGUGAUGGGCUUUACUACUUUGGGGAACCACCAGGAACGAGUCUUCAAGCUUCUAUCCUACCUACUUCUAGUGUUUAUGAUUUUUCUUUUCGCACUUUUAGUCUGUGGCAUGCACGUUUGGGGCAUGUAAACUUUCAAUAUCUAUGUCUAUUGUUUCCUUCGUUAAAUAAAGCAUGUGAGGACCAUAAGUUUCAAUGUGAAGUUUAUGAGCUUUCUAAACAUACUAGAACUAGCUAUAUUUCUCAUAUGAGUCGUGCUCCUAGUAUGCUUGAUCUUAUUAAUUCUGAUGUUUGGGGCCCUUCCCCAGUUACUGCUUUCUCUGGACAUCGAUAUUAUGUGACAUUUAUUGAUGAUUAUU